AGUCAGCAGGUUUAUGUAGCUUCAUCUUGACGCUUUCACCUAUGCCUACCCAUCCUCCAGACACCACGCCAGUCGUUGUUUCUUCAUCUACGUACUUGUUCCCCACCCGUUGAUAGUAGAAAUACAGGCACGACAAGUUUUGCAACGUCGUUCUUUGUCGCGUAGUUUCGUCUAUCGCUCAUCAGAAAUGGUCCUGUCAAAAAGGGCGAAUCUUCCACCGGGAAGUGAUUUCAGCUCGUCCUGCACUCCUACCACGGCAAUAUGCGCCGGGGCCCGCUUUACCCUUUGCGCAACCUCCGCUACCACGGCGCGACAGUGAGAAAUCCAAAGAACAAGUGCAAGCUUUAAUAUUUCACUUGCGCGACAGCGAAACUUUUGGGAGAAAAAACCUAGUAUUUUUGUGACAAGCAACAUGAUUUCCAUUUCGUGCGGUUUGUUUUUCGUCCAGUUGUCGUCAACUACAACACUAGCGGCCGGGCUGGGAGUGGUGGAGAACGAUGAAAAGGAGAAUGGAGAUAAUACCCAGAUAUGAAAUGCAAAUAUGUCUGGGUCUGGAAGGUGGCAACUUGUCAUGGUAAAUCUGAAGCAUGCAAAAAUCUGUGUUGCAUGAGUGCCAAAAGCUGUCCACCUUUGACCAAGUUGGAAGGGAGUUUCUCAUGCAGGAUAGGCAUGGCAGAGACCUCGCAGAGUCUGUCAUGCUAAGUCCCGCAUUCCAGACCUCAUGGGUCAUGGAAAAUCUGCAUGACAAGUUUACACUUUUCCAGACCCAGACAUUUUUGCACUUGAUACCAGAAUAUCCACUGCAAGAAGAUGAAACAUGUCGUGGUCCUGCUCUGGAACAAUUGCUAUAAUCUGUGAUGCUAAAAACUCUACUGGAGCAGACAAAAAACUUGUAUUGCAUAUUAGUGCCAGGGCCAGCAAAGAAAGUAAGAGGCUGGCCUUUUGCUGCGCAAAGGGCGAAAAUUUCUCGUCGUGCACGGGAAGAGGAAGGACCAGAAGCCUUCAUCGCAAGGAAACCUGGAAGUAUGCAUCGAGUGCCAUCCAGUUUAUCUUUCUGUUGCAGAAGAUGCAUCAUGGCAUCAAACAUCUGCACAAGUUGUCCAGACCCAUCAGACAUCACAUUUGCAAACAUGCAUACGAACAAACGACCUCGAGCAGGGGUUGCAGCGUCUCGAAGAAGGCCGACGUCGAAGAGAAAUCGCGAAAAGUAUCAGGCUAUCGUCCACCGGAGGUGGCGCUUCGGGAAGAAGUGCAACAACCUCCGCUGUUGAACAUCAAGAAGGAGGACGAGAAAGAACUGCGAACUUGUUGCAACUCCUCCGCAUGCGGAGAGAGAACAAAAAGAAACUGCUAGUCCAGAGGAAAGCCAGCUUGCAAGAGGAGCAAGAGGCGUCGAUGGCCUGCGGCGGAAAGGAGGAAGAAGCCCAGGAAGAGCAGGAGCCGGGGAAAGAUCAUGAUGAGUGGAACAAUGUUUACAACGGCAAACCCGACGACUUGCAGCAACAGCUCCUGCUUCAAGAAAACCAAAACGCCGUCGGGCCGCGUGACACCAGAAGGCUCCAUCGUAUCAAAUGCAAAUAUAUCUGGGUCUGGAAACUUGUGAUGCUAAAACGUGGACGAUAGAAAGGAAACUGCUCCGGAUGCAACCCGGCAUAACAACUUUCCAGAACGAUUUCUCAUAGGAAGUCCGCGCGAGAGACUGCGUUUAUGCAGGUACAAAAGAGGCCGCGACUUUUGUUGGUUAUGCAAUACACAUUUCCUAUGUAUGGAAAGCAUGGGUUACAAAUUCCAACCUACCUUCCUUCCAGACCCAGACAUUCAUAUUUGCAAUGCAUACAUCCAGAACCACAACAAGACUUCACUGGGUCCGAAGGCAGCACCGCAUCCGCAGAAGCCGGGCGGGGUCCCCCAGCAGCGGGGACCGGUAGCCGGAGGCGGUUCAGGGUCGGUGCCGGGUCCCCGCUCUAUCAUAUCAAAUGCAAACAUGUCUGGGUCUGGAAAGUUGUGAUGCCCAAAUGUGGAGGAUAGAGACAGUUCCGAAUGCAACCCAGCAUGACAACUUUCCAGCAUGACAACUUUCCAUAGGAAACCCGCGUGAGAAACUACGUCUUUGCAUGUACAAAUAAGGCUGCGACUUUACUUUUGCUGGUCAUGCAAUUAUUAAUACGGAUUUCCUAGGAGUAAGGAAAGCUCGGCUGUGGGCAACGAGUCACUCUGCAAACUCACGAUGAAUAAUAGCCCAUAUCUGUUGAAAUCAGGCGGACCGACCACAACGCUGGCAGUUGGACAGAAAAACACGAGCGCAGUAGGUGGGCCUUCCGUGAAUUUGGGGAGGAGCAGACAGGACGACAUGCCGGCUACUGGAUCUUUUUACUCACAACUACCGCAGUCAGACAAGCGCUGACUGCAAACGAGGAGAAGCGAGGUCCUGCAAACCAGGGCUGCGAACCAGGACAGUGUGCUCCAAGAAGUGCAACAUCGUCGACACAUUUCUAG